GGAAAAGUAAAAAAGAGAUGUAGGCUUCUCAACCUCAACUCAAUCCAAAACCUAUCCUGCCUCUUGAAUGAGAUAGAGAGAGACUGGCGGCGGCGGCGGCAGCGGCAGCGGCAGCAGCAAGUAGGUAUGUGGUUGAUGCGUUUGAGAAGCGGUUGCAGAUCCUUGCACUUUCGUCAACUAUGCACAUUCAAAUCCGAUAACACCAACCUCCUUAUUUCGGCCAUCAACAAAGACACAUGUCACCAACAAUUUUUCUCCAUCCCAUUAAUCAAACCACUCUCUGUGGGAUCUCCCACCCCACUCUUCUCACUCCCUUCCCAUUCCUUUGGUCUCACCUCUUCCCAAUAUUUCAACAGUUUCUUUCUCCUUCACCACCCUGAAUAUCCCCAUUACAAUGACAUCCAUCUUCUCACCUAUAACCCCACCACUCAACAAUCUCUCACUCUUCCUCUUGAUCCUCCCCUCCCUACAACUACAACUAUUACUUGGGAGGUUAGAACCCAUUUUGGCUUCGACCCUUCAACCAAACUCCACAAAGUCCUCCGUGUUAAAUGGACAGAAUCCAUUCCACAAUCAAUUCCUAGAGUUAUUAAUAUGGUGUGCACGGUUUUGACAAUUGGCAGCAACAUGUCGUGGAGAGAGGUAAAUCAUGUGCCGCCGCCUGUUGAUUCUACCAAGUGUGGUAUUGGUGGGAAAAGUAGUGUUUGUGUUAAUGGUGCAAUACAUUGGUUAACACAGUAUGGGGAUUCCAUUGUGGCUUUUGAUCUCAAAGAUGAGAAUUUUAGACUUAUCCCACUUCCCCAUGACUUCAAAAAAAAAAACUCUGCAUCGUUCCGUUUGGAAUUUGAACGGUUAGUUGAGCUUGAUGGGUGCUUGGCCUUGGUAGCUGACGUAUAUAGCGGAGUUGAGGCUGAUUGCAUGUUGCAGUUGUGGAUACUAAAGGAUUACCACAAUCAUGUGUGGGUUAUGAAGACUAUACUCUUUCCAUUUGAGUGGAGCGACUGUGGUCAACCUGUUCCUAUUGGGACUAUCCCAACGGGGGAGAUAUUGCUAAAGCCGCUUUCUUUGAGUAAGAGCCCUGCGUGGCUGCUUUUCUAUAAUACGGAGGGACAUUGUUUCAAGAAGGUUGAAAUUAUCGGUUUGCCUGAGUGGGUUUAUUCGGGUGGUCCUCAAAAUAUCAGAAGCAUUUCUCUUUAUGGUAGAACCUCAGAACGGGGCAGUUGUUGAACCUUAAACUCAAUUCAAGUUAGUAGUGAAUGUCUUAGAAAUGGGGCAGUAGUUGAACCGCAAAAUCUAUCGAGAUUUGCAAGAGGGCAGGAAGGAAAGAGUAGAGAAUGGUACGUUUUUGUUUGUUUGUAUUUUUUUGUUUUUGUUUUUGUCAAAUGCCUUUCUUUCUAGAUAUUUGAUGCAAUCUGUCAAUUAAAAAAAAAAAGAUGUUUGAUGUCAA